GUGAUGGGAGGGACAGGAGGUAGGAGGCUGACCCGGGAAUAUAGCCCACUUUAGGCUGCUGUCCCAGGGGGUGUAAUCAUUUGAUGGGCAGGUGCUCUGGGAUGGGGUCACGCCUAAAUUAUGAUGGGGGGUACCAUGAUCAUCAGUGACUGAAAAGGGGCCUGAUCCAGAUAAAUUCAUUUGUAAUAAUAAUAACAACAAUGGAUACAUUUACGAUAAAUUCUUAUUACGCAUCGAUAUGACUAACGCAAGCCACAUUUUCAGAUAUAACAUUACAAUAUAAUCUAACUUAUUAUGUUUGAAUAGCAUUUUCAUCUGACAAGUAGGGGGUGCAUCCCUUACUCUCGCCUGUGCCCGGGUAAGUGGGGAUGUAUGUAGAACGACACAGAAGGCCGGGUCUCAGACAAGCAGCCUUAAGUAACUGUCAGAUUCCCCGAGCAGGUGGCCGGGGCCGGGAUGCGGCCAUCGGACUGUGGCAUGGAAGGCGUCGGCGCACGGCUGCUCGGCUUCUUACGACACAUGGUGUCGUCGAGUCUAGCGGUGUCCAGCUGACUCUCAGCCUGUGUCACUCUCGUGGGCUCUACAUCUGCGUCCAUCCUCUAUUCUUUAGGAAGGUGGGCUUUGCUGUCUGUCAGCCUGUAGCUGGAUGCAUGCAGGGGGCCCAGGCCAUGCACUUGACUGCCCUGCCGUCUUUCCAGGGCUCUGUGGAAACCAGUGACCUUGACAACUGGUAUGACAACAACGUGAACCACAUGACCGUGUGCAUUAGGCACGGAGGCCAGGCAGGCUGCUAUAGGAGUAUAUAAACACACAGGCCGUACCUGCCUCAUCCAGUCAGGUGAGGGGCGCAGGUAGGACCCCUGAUGGACUCAAAGGGGCUUCCGAGGCCCGUCCCAAAGGCCGAGGUUGCCCGCGGCUCCCCCGACAGGACAGAGACGCAGCUUCGGAGUCACAAAUCACUUUGGAUGUGUCACACACAUUCCAUGCGAUUUCUGCGACCCUCCCCCUGCCCUUUCUGUCAGAGGACUUGGGAGGAGUAAAAUAUUCGAGUACAAGGGGUAUGUAUGACCUAAAAUAAACCGUGAACAGCAACAUUACACCUGAGCCCUGACUCCAUUCCAUUCCCACGACAUUCGUCAGCACUGCCGUCGUCAGUGAUGGUGAACGAGAGUCUGAAAGAUCACAGGAAGAAGACAAUGAAUAUGGAAACAAAAAUAGCUAUUUCUGUCACAAGCUAUUUCUGCUUUUUUUUUUCUUUGAGUGGGUCCUGACAGGACUCAUGACUACGAGAACCAGCUGGUCUGGGUCGGUCCACAUGACCGUGAGCAGUGUCCACCCAACCCCUGCGAACCAAGCAUUGUACAAAUGUUCUAUCACUGUUCCCAUGUCCAAAGCUAACAAAAGUACAAGUCCACCUAUAAAAUAUAUUCUACAAAAGAAAAUCGAUAUUUAUUUUUAAUAAGAAAUGAUAGUGAAAUAUAUAUAUAUAAAUGAUUUAAAAUGUGGCUGGUUGUAAGGCCUGUCUUCUCAGCUGUGACAAAGACUUUGGACCACACUGUGUGUUGAAUAAUCUAACCAUGGGAGAGGACUUUUUGAAAUUAGGGUCUAACAAAACCACCCCACAUCACCGUAUAUGCUGCCUGUAUCAUGUAUUUUUUUAUUUUAAAAGAAUUUCACCUUUGCUGUUUUGUGAAACGUGAUAGUAUGCGUUUGCUGAAUCGGACCACAGGUCCAAAUCAAUGCUUCGUGAGUGAAUCAAAAGGCGCCUUUUGGUCAAAUGUGCAGGAUAUUUCCACAGUUUGAGGUUAUUUUCAAGAUGGUUAUGUUUAUUUUGUGUUAUCUUACUGUGGGGUGUAAAUAGCCAGUACCAUUGGCUACUUGCUGCCAACGCUGGAUUGGGGGGGAGGGGUGUUUUCAAACUGUCAACGUUUGACCUUCUCCUCCAGGACAUAAUGUAUUAUACUGAGUGUAUAGUGCCAAGGAUGUAUUCUGUGUGAUCAAAUAUAUUCUUUAUUAGAUUACAAAAAAAAGUUUAAAAAAAAAAAAGAAAAAUAAAAAAUCUCACUUGAAACGAUAUGUGGAGCUAUCUGAUGUUUUGACCGCUAUGGGCAGAUUUUCAGGUAGAUGCGAGAAUUUGAGAUGAACAGAUGAUUUAAAAAAAAAGCAAUCAUUAUUUUCUAAAUGAUAAUGAUAAUAAAACAAAAUGCAUUUAAAUGGCUGUGAGUGUUGAAAGGAUGCGAGAUGUUGCGCUCAUCAGAGAGAUGGAUCUGGCCGGACCUCCUCUGAUUGCCAUUGAAUCCGUCACCUUCGCCCUGGUGCCGGACGCCCUCUCAGGGUGGUGCCGCACGUGUGUGUGACCAAGGACGACUGCUGUUUUCUGCAGAGGCCUGCAAUGGCUUUGAUGUCAGGCCACCUGUAUACGUGUGCCCUUUGACCUGAACUCGAGUCCUCUCACUCUGAAGCUUUGGCUCAUCUGCCACUUGCUCUCGGGUCCGACCCCCAUUGUCAGUUCUUUGGGGUUUUCUCCAAAGCCGCCAAAAUGCCCAUCUUGAAGCAGUUGGUUUCUGGCUCAUCGCAGUCCAAGCGCCGCUCACGGGCGGACCUAACAGCGGAGAUGAUCAGCGCCCCGCUCGGUGACUUCCGGCACACCAUGCACGUGGGCCGGGGUGGUGACGCCUUUGGGGACACCUCCUUCCUCAGCACACGCACUGGGGAGCCCCCUCAGAACGGCCGGGCCCAGCCCAGCUCCCCCGGGUCUAAGCCAGGCCUGUUGUCUCGCACCUUCCGCAGCAGCAAGCGCUCGCAGUCCGUCAACCGGGCCGACAAGCAGGAGCAAGCACCGGCAUCCCCGGAAGAUUGCUUGGUGAAAAAUGCUGUAUCUCUGCCCUAUCUCGCCGAUGAGGGUGGGGACGGCAGAAUCCAGGUGCCCAAGAGCCUCUCCUCCACCCCAUUGAAGAAUCUACCGGAAGUGGACAACAGGCCCCUCAAUGGGGCGGUGGCCUCCAAGGCAUCAGAUUUGGAGCUGGAUGAGCGGCGCUUUGGCGAGCUGACAGACCUGCCCCCGUUCGCUGGCUUUGGGCGUGGGGGCAUGAAGCAUGCAGAGUCCAUCAUGUCCUUCCACGUCGACCUGGGUCCUUCUAUGCUCGGGGACAUCCUCAGUGUGAUGGACAAGAAAGGCUGGGACGAUGACGACCUUGGCUAUGAGGAAGGAAAGAGCAGCGAGGGGCAUGCGUCCCCAUCCCCGCUCGGCCUUCAGGCAGAUGCUGAAGAAGAUGGCGAAGCGGAGGAGCUUCUGGAGCCUCCACUCCGUCCACCUCGUGCCGUGGAUGUGGAGAACCAUGAACCGGGCCCCUACACACCCGAGCCAUGGCCCAAGUACCACCAGCACCUGGACAGCUGCUCCAUCUCCAGCUCGGGCUCUGCUGCCCUGGAGGAGAAACCACUGGGCCUCUCGCACGGGGGAGACACAGAUAGUGCCAAGUUUAGCUCACCACGGGGGGAGGAUGAGAAGGACUUCUCUUUCAUGGAUGAGGACGAUGAUGAAAUUCGUGUUUAAAGGGAGAAGACUAAAGUGCCACUAUUGGAUUUUUUUUUCUUAAAAUGACAGAACUUAGUAGCAUUUAAGGCAUGCUGGCAAAGUAUGAAGCUUAGAGUUCCCAAAGCAGACCAUUCCAAACUCCAGCCCCAGUCCCUCUUCAUCUGGAGAAUUCUCCUGCUCUAGAAAAACAAACCCUUAUCACACCAUCUGCCUUGUUUCCCCUGACAGCUGCAACUGUAUGGUGGGGGCCAGUGCCUGUCCUAUAGGACCAGUCCUGCAAGCCUCUGAUUGACUGUAACACGCAUUUGCAUUUUCCUUGUUUUAGACAGUGAAUGUUCUACUUUGGAUUUGUACAGUUUUCAUGCUUUUUCCAUCGAGGAUGUUGGUAGCUCUGUGUCCCUGGUUUCGUGAACACUUGCAUGACGGAGACGCUCUAAGGACCGACCUUCUGCAACUGGAUGUUUCAACGGUGUAAGCCUAAUGACAGACCGUCAUUUGGCCGGUCCCAGAGCCGUCAUAUCAGAGGAAGAUGUUAGUCACAGGCUGACUGGCAGUUUCUCACAAUCCCAGGGAAAGGAUUGUGUGUUUUUCGUCCAAAAUGAAUGCUACUUUAAAAAAAUAAACUGUUGGAUACUUUUGGGUUGGUGGACACAUUCAUCUGCAGAACAUACAUUUAUUACCAUUUUAUGCAGUUAUUCUGCUUGACUAUCCAGUGGGAGGAGCUGUGUGGGUGUGUUGCAUUAUGGGAAUUUGAGUCUUUGGUCAUGUGUAGCUGGGGUGUCAUUCAGCGACCAGUUACUGCUUCUAAUGGUAGAGGAGACAGUUCUGCACCCCCUCCCCAUGUCAUUUUGAUUUUACUUUUUUGUCAGCUGUGGUACUUCAGUGGUGUCUUCAGCUCCAUCCUUUUAUGGCUUUGGUGCUGUAAGCUGGAUCUGAGGUUAUUUUCUGUACCUGUGGCUGCUCUGGGUCUGCCCACUGGACCACCCGCUCUUGGGUCAGACCCUGGCAGCUGCUGUCGACAUAAUACUGACCUGUAGCUGGAAAGACUCUAAGACACUAAUUCUCUUUUCUACAAAUUCUAUGUGUAGUUGAAUGUAUCAUUUCAUGCUUCUCAGUUUUAUUUUCCCCAUAUAAAUAGACAUAACACUCAGUCUGUUUUAUGUGUGUGUUUUUUUUAAUGACAUGUAUAUUUAGAACCUAUGUACCACUGACUGAUUGUAAUGGGAGUGCCUGGAAUGCCGUGUUGCAUCUCUGCGUUGGGCUUCUGUUGGAGCCUUGACCUGCCAGUUGAGGACCCAACCUUGUCACCGCGGGGCAGAGAAGGAUUGGCAGGUUUGUAGAAGGAUAGAGUCACGUUGGAUGGAGAGACGUCUCUCUAGAUGCCACUGUAAGGGAACACGGAGCUCCUCUCCUCCCACCACUUGGCAUGCUUUGGGUCUUGCUUGAAGGUGCUGGCUUGUCCUUCCUAACCACACGACGGGGGGAGGCUGGGGGUGUUUUUGUAAGCAUUCUUUUCUAAUGGAUAAUUAGCCUAUGAGGUCAUCAACCUGCGAUGAUUAACGAGAGUUCUUGGAACGUGAAAAGUGGUUUCAGAGGUUGCCUUGACCCUUGGGUGUUGGAGGCCCAGAACUUAACAUCACUUUGAGUUUGAAGUAAGAUGGCGGCAGAAUGCGUCUCGUCUUUUUUAUUGUCAAGAGCGGGGGCUACCCAGUGACAGAUGAUCUAAAUACUCAUGUGCCAAAUUUUCGGUCUUCUACUUCUGGGUUGUUAAUGUGAGUUGGUUUGUAGUGAUGGCAUCGAGAACCUCCAAUACACAUGUUCAGUGUUAGCUUAGCUUAGCUAACACUGUUUUGGGAGCCUUGGAUCAGCCAGCACAAACUGCUCCGUAAACUACUCUGUUCCACGCAAAUUAAACCCUAGUGUGUUAUUUUAAAGCAGGGGUCUCCAACUCUGGUCCUGGAGAGCUACUUUGCAGUAAGUUUUCUAUCCUACUUGGCUUCUGAUGAGCCACACCUGCUCCUGGUAUUUACCUGAGAACAGGUGUGGCUCAUCAGAAGCCAGGUAGGAUAGAAAACUGACUGGAUAGUAGCCCUCCAGGACCGGAGACCCCUGUUUUAAAGAUCACCCAUGUCAGGUUCCGCGGUGUGUGAGAUGCAGGUCCAGCCUCUUUGGGGCUUCUUUCUCUGUCGGACCACACGAUGGACACACACUUCUUGCAUCUUGGGGCACGGGCUGUGCCUUUGCUCGCUAAGGAGUCGUCUGCUGCUUUUGGCACAAGGAUGUUGGGUCACCUGGAAUGAGGGACCCAUGAUUAAAGCCAGUGGUGCAGAUGGUUAAGCAGAACAUGAAGAAAAGUAGAUGUCAGACUUAGGUUUUUAUGGUGGUGAUUCUUCUGCCUCUGCUCUGUUCUGAAGUUCUUGUUUCUUCACACUAAAAUGUAAAGAUUUAUAUUUACUUUCGAAUAACAGCUGUAUUUUUCAAUAAAAGAUAAGCCUGGUAAUCUUGA